AUGGCUGAAACAGAACCUCAGGAAGAAAACUAUGAUAACAUGGUAAAGAUGGUGGAGGACAUGAAUGGAGACUUAGAAAAACUUCUGGAGGAAAUAGAAAAACUAACAGUGCAGGCAAGCUGGAUGGCAUAUGAUAUGGUAGUCUUACGUACUAGCCCAGACCUGACCAACAUCAUGAGGUGUUUGGAAGAUGCCUUUCUGAGGUGCAAAGAAGAGAUACAGAAGAUGUCGCAAGAGGUGCUAAAUGAAUCUAAAGACGAAGAGCAAAGAAAGGAAUAA